UCUCCGGAAAGAGCAUGGCACAACAAAUGCGGCGAUUAAUUGCAGGCCGGUCUGUCUGGUCGCAAAUAAAUAAAACCCGAUUCCCACCCAACUCGAACAGUUCCCAAGAUGUCGCCAUAUCGCCCGGAAUUCUCCCCAUCGGAGCAGUCGAAAAUCGACGUGGAAUUCUCUAGAUUGGCCAACAACAAAAGUGUUUACCUGGAUCAUGCUGGUACUACUCUAUAUGCGGAAAACCAGGUAAAAGCCGCCGCGGAGCAACUGCAUCGGAAUGUCAUCUGCAACCCGCACACAUGUCGCCUCACCGGAGAUUUCGUGGACCAGGUGCGAUUUAAAGUACUGGAAUUUUUCAACACCUCUGCCGAGGAUUACCAUGUGAUCUUCACGGCGAAUGCCACCGCUGCUUUGUCCCUGGUGGCGGAAAAUUUUGACUUUGGAUCAUCGGGAGACUUCCACUUCUGUCAGGAGAAUCACACUUCGGUGUUGGGAAUGCGAGAACGGGUCCGGGCGAAUGGUAUAUACAUGCUCAAGGAAAAUGAGAUCUCUGGCGGAUUUGCCAAUGAAAAUGGGAGAGUUCAGGAAAGAACUUCCACGAUAACUGGGAACUCCCUGGUGACCUUCUCCGCCCAAUGCAACUUCAGUGGCUACAAGAUCCCACUGGUCGCUAUUGAAAAUAUCCAAAACUAUGGUUUGCCCAAGCCGGGAAAACAUAUUUGGGGUUCUAAAGGGGAGGAAAAAGAUAAUUCCCAGAACAAUUACUAUGUCUGCUUGGAUGCAGCCUCUUUUGUGGCCACUAGUCCUUUGGAUCUAUACAAAUACCAACCAGAUUAUGUGUGCAUUAGUUUCUACAAGAUCUUUGGCUAUCCCACGGGUGUGGGAGCCCUGUUGGUCAGUCGCCGAGGAGCGGAGGCCUUUGGAAAGCGCCGCUUUUUUGGCGGCGGUACCAUCAACUAUGCAUAUCCCCAUGCCAUGGACCAUCAGCUGCGGGAGACCUUCCACCAGCGCUACGAGGAUGGCACCCUGCCGUUUCUCUCCAUUGUCGGACUGCUCGAGGGCUUUCGCACGCUGAAUAGAUUGGUGCCUAGAACUUCCGCUGUAGUUGGCACCAUGGAGAGAAUUUCCAGGCACGUUCAUGGCUUGGCGCAGUAUUUGGAAGAUCAGCUGAAGCAACUUAAGCAUUCCAAUGGUGAGCCCCUCAUCCAGCUGUACAAUAAGGUGGGCUAUCAGGAAAAGUCCCGACAGGGAGGCAUCGUCGCCUUCAAUGUGCGCACGGAAUCGGGAUCCUUUGUGGGAUUCGGUGAGAUAGCCUGCGUGGCUGCUCUGCAUGGGAUCCUCCUGCGAACAGGAUGCUUCUGCAACAUCGGAGCCUGUCAAUUUUACCUUGAUCUCGACGAGGAUGCCAUGGAUGCGAUUUACAAGCGGGCUGGACGCAUAUGCGGUGACUAUUUUGACCUGAUCGAUGGUCAGCCGACAGGAGCGGUACGUGUGUCCUUUGGCUACAUGACCACCAUUCAGGACGUGGAGAAGCUGCUCGAGAUGUUGCGCUCCAGUUAUUUGGCCACUAAGCCGCAGCAACGGAUUCAGUUCAUCGAAGAUCAGGCGGAGCAAUUGCCACCGGUGCUCAAGGAGCGAGUCCAGAUGUUGAGGCCGAAACUCCUCCAGAUGGCCAUAUAUCCGGUGAAGUCCUGUGCUGCUUUUAAGAUCGAAUCGCAGGGAUCAUGGCCACUGACAGAGCAGGGUCUGAAAUAUGACCGCGAAUGGAUGAUAGUGGACAUGAAUGGCAUGGCGUUGACCCAGAAACGCUGCACGGAAUUGUGCCUGAUUAGGCCAGUGAUUAAGGUUGACCAGUUGGAGCUGCAGUUCGGCGAUGGUUCCUCUGUCUCAGUGCCCCUUUCCGUGGAGGAUCAGGCGGCCGACUCGGCGAAGUGUGUCAGCAAGGUGUGUCGCCAGCCUGUGGAAGGUUUAGAUUGCGGCGAAGAGGUUGCCCAGUGGCUAUGCCAAUGUUUGGGCUUGGAGGGCCUUCGAUUGCUUCGGCAAUCGGGCCAGAGAAACUCUUCCAAGGAUCAGCAGAAGCUCAGUCUGGUGAAUCAAGCUCAGUUCUUGUUGUUGAACAGAUCUUCCGUGCGAUCCCUUCAAUUCGAGGAGCCCCUCGACGAGACUGUGGAUCGUUUUCGGGCCAAUAUUAUCAUCGAUACGGGUUGCGCCUUCGAGGAGCUCGCCUACACGGCCCUCACCAUCGGUGGCAUCCACUUCCAGGUGGAGGGUCCUUGUCAGCGCUGCGAUAUGAUCUGCAUUAACCAAAGGACCGGCGAAAGAUCGCCGGAAACCUUGACCACGAUUUCUCGCCUACAAAGUGGUCGCAUGCGAUUCGGAAUCUAUAUCACCAGGAUCACCAAGGACUUGGAAGCUCAGGAGAAUCACAUGACCUGCGGCGAUGUUGUCCUGGUGGAGUAGGCUCUUCGCACGACACAUAGCCGCAUAAAUACUUCAGUUUUCAUACCAAAAAUACGGCUAGACUAUUUUUAAAAGCAGUUUUUAAUUAGUUUUUGAAUAUCUGCUAAACAUAUUUUUCUCACUUCUUUUUGGGAUAUUUAUCGUUUGAUAAUGUUCGACUGUGGUUUAAUAUUCUCAUAUUAGACUUUGCAUCACAUAACUUCGUUAAGUUUAAGUAAGAAAGUAUCAAGAAAACUAUAUUUUUACGCAAACAUUCGCGCUUAGCUUAAGCUCAAUGUAACCGGAUACCUCUUGCCAGUGUCUUAAGCCUUAAAGGCCUCAAUUGCAAAAUAAACACAUUUAAAUAAAUUUGUUUACACUACAGCUUUUGAGGAGGAAUAUCGAAUUUAAUUAUGUUAAUAAAUGAAACUUCAAAUCA